AUGCCUAAGUCAAAGAAUGAAGCACACGAAUGCGGGCAAUUGCCAUCCAAAACAUACUACCAGGGAGAGCCUAGAAAAAGCAUUUUAGACCCGCAUCUCUCUGUAUUAGAAAUGCUUGAAAGACCAGAGUUAAACGAGGUGACAACACGAAGUGAGCUUCCGAGGACAGAUUUCCAACAGCUAAACCCUGGCCAGCCGCUUCAAAUUAGCAUUUCGAAGUCGUGGGAAGCCAUCAGGAAAACAGACUACUCAUUUCUAGCUAACAGGACUAACUACUUAUCUCAGAAUAACGCGGUAGGGGUUCUUUCAUCUUCAGAUACUUCUGAGGAGGAGCGUGACACAUACCUUUCUCCAUCGCUCGACGGAGAAGCAACGAGGCCAACUACAGCGGCAAAUAUCAGUUUGCUCGAUCCCUUACCGAGAUCUGGUGUAAACUAUACAGAGGACGACAAGGAAACGGUUACAGUAAGUAUGGCCAACACUGCGACCCCGUUAGUGAUGCCCAAGCUGUCAUUAUGCCACCGUGUAUCAGAAACAAAGAUUCUUCUCCUUGGGAAGCCAGCUAGGAAGUUCUGUGCAGGAAUCCCAAAAACUUACCAAAAAAUGUUUGAGAUCGGCAGUUUAUCCAAGCUAACGAAGCAGGAAAUCACAAGGCGUUACUUUGCAGUUGUGAUUAUCUUUGACGAUUUAUCGUUGGCUAUAGAUCUCUUGGAUAAACUAUGCGAAAAGACCGUGCAUCCCACCGUAAUACCAAUAUGCCAAAAGGGCCAGAGACAUAACCUCAGCUCUGUAUUAAAGAAAUACACCGCUACUAAUCGUAUCAAUUUGUUCUGCCACCCAGUUACAAUGUCUAAUCACCACGAAAAGCACAGGAUGUUGAAAACCUUAUAUCAAAUAUACAACGAUUCGGAGUCCGAAUGCGACACAAUAGAGUCUAUUAAAAAUCACUCGAGAAAAUCGAAAAAGAGAAUAGGCUCAGUGAAAUACUGGGCCCUAUGGACCACUUCCGUCACCAUCGGUGUCGGAAUUGGAUGCUGCAUCUCCCUAUUGCUCACAAGCAAGUAUAUUUUACUCUCGCCGCGACUAGUUCAAAUGAAUAGUUUGAGAACCAUUAGCAUGACGCCUACUCAGCCACCAGAAAAACCAUCGCAUAAUAUGAUUCACUACUUUUAUUACCUGUGUAAGACAACUAUCACAAACUUGAACUACACAUUGAAGCACAUGCUCAUGGAGAAGUUCGAUUCUUCUCGUACUUGGAUUCAGACUUUGGGUGUUGAAUUUAGCUGCGAUAAUUCCAUCCUAGAGCUGAAUAAGAUGAUGCCUCUAGAUUUUAUUACUUUAUGA